ACGAAAGCUAAAAUGAAGUUAAACGAUGAAAAACAUAGUUAACUUAUAUGGUCAUCAGUUUCCGAAAGAACAGCCAUUUUUGAUCGGUGAAGUUGGGGCGUUGAGAAUCGGAGAAGGGGAAUGGAGCAGCACAAGAAUGAGAGCCAUACACAAACGUCUUUACCCCUUUCUCCUUUCACUCAACCAAUCCGUUGUAUAGUCAAACUCGGAGGAGCUGCAAUCACUUCCAAAAAUGAAUUAGAGAUGAUAAAUGAGGAGAUUCUUCAGAAGGUUUCAGAGCAGCUGAGGGAAGCAAUGGUUGCAUCUUCUGAGAAGCCUCCUGGGAUGGAUUGGAGCAAGAGACCUGGAGCUUCAGAGAUUUUCUGUAACCCAGAAGAAUUUGGGGAUCAUUCUGCUAUUGACUGUAGCCCUUUCAUUGUUGUUCAUGGAGCAGGUUCUUUUGGGCACUUCCAAGCUAGCAAAUCUGGUGUCCACAAGGGGCAACUGAAUAAACCUCUUGUCAAAGGUGGCUUUGUUGCUACCCGAAUAUCUGUAACCACUCUUAAUCUUGAAAUUGUUAGAGCACUAGCCAGAGAGGGCAUUCCUUCAAUUGGAAUGUCACCUUUCUCAUGUGGAUGGUUCACUAGUGAGAGACAUAUAUCUUCAGCUGAUUUAUCUUCAGUGGCUAAGGCAAUUGAUUCUGGUUUUACACCUGUUCUGCAUGGAGAUGCAGUGCUUGAUGAGAUUCAGGGAUGCACUAUUUUGAGUGGAGAUGUUAUCAUAAGUCAUCUGGCAGCAUACUCAAAGCCUAUAUAUGUUGUUUUUCUGACAGAUGUAUAUGGGGUAUAUGAUCGCCCACCAACAGAACCUAAUGCAAUACUCUUAAAGGAGAUUGCUGUUGCUGAAGAUGGAAGCUGGUCAGUUGUAAAACCGAAGUUGCAGAACUCAAUUGAACUAACUGUUGCUGCUCAUGAUACAACUGGUGGGAUGAAAACAAAGAUAGCAGAAGCUGCAAUGAUAGCCAAACUUGGAAUUGAUGUCUACAUUGUAAAGGCAGCAACAAGCCACUCAUUAAGGGCCUUAAAUGGAGAUCUGAGAAGCAGCAUCCCUGACGACUGGCUCGGGACGGUUGUUCGGUCCUUGAGAUAAAUCUUCUGUUUCAAGAUAUGUUACAUAGCUAAGAAUCAUCAAUAUGAAGUAGUAACUUUUGGCCACUGCAAGAAUGUGACAGUUAGUUGUAUUAACAACAAUUACAGAUACGUGUCUUCCUGAGUCAACUCACAAAUCCCGUCUCAAAUGCUAAAUGAAUUACUCAUGAUCAUUUGACAUUUGCUAUUUUAUCCUAGAAUUUACCUUGAUGUGCAAUUAAGGUCAACUACAUGUAUUAUGCGGUGUCAGUGAAGUUGGGUAAAAACCAAAAUUUCAAAGGAUAUACAAUUGUUCUGCAAUUUUUUUUAAUUGUUUAUUUUGGUUUUCCAAGUUAUGUAUGGCAAUUUUGAUAUUUUUAAGUGCUUCUUAGAGUUCUAUAAGUUGCAAGUAUGUUUUGCAAUUUUACAUUGGAUUAUUGGAGAAACUUAUACUUUGGGUUGUGAUUUAGAAGUUAGCUAAAAGUGCUUUUAACAAUAUCAGAAAGGAUACUCUUAAG